AUGAAGUUCUCAUACACUUCCAUCCUCUUCGCUCUCGCAGCUCCUGCACUUGUCUCCGCAGACAAGACCAGCGUCGAUGUCGCAUCCGUGAUUUCCGAGUUCUUCACCGCCACCCCCACACUCCCCGGCGGCGCUCUCUCCACCCUCGCCACGGCCCUCGCCUCUGUCGAGAACUCCUGGACUACCCAAGCCGCCUACACAUCCUUCCUCGAAGCCAUCAAUUCCGCAGCCCCAUCCUCCGUCGCCAGCUCGAUCAACAAAAGCGGUUUCGAAUACAAUGAGAUCAUCACUGCCGAUUGGUAUACCAAGAAGGCUCCAGAUGGUGUGAAAAAGGCUGUCAGCACUUAUUUGAGUAAUGUUGGCAAGGUUGAGUCGAGUGUUUGGAGUAAGGUAGCAAGUGAGACGAGUAAAGGUGCUGCGGCAGCGGCGACAGGUGUUCCUGCGGUUGGAGUUAUGGGAGUUGCAGUUGCGGCUGGAUUGGGAGUUGUGGGAAUGAUGUAG